UCCGUAUUUUAUCAUCUAUGAUCAUGUGGAUUGAGUGUGCUUGUGGUUAAAUGAAGGUGUGUUGACAUAAGAUAUAAUAUUUCAGGUCACGUGGGUGUAAGUGUGAUUGCAGCGUGGAUUUGCUUGUAGCUGUAAUAAAUUGCGUUAUUGAAAGGUUAUUGCACAAUGGAAGAUGAAAAAGAGACAGUCAGGGUGCUGUCAAGAUUCAAGUCAGAAACCGGAGAAGAAAUGAGUAGUGUAUUGGAUCUGCCUUUGGAUGUGACUGUUGACAAACUUCAGCUAAUCUGCAACGCAUUGUUAAAACAGGAGGAGAAUCUUCCUUAUAUCUUUUUUGUAAAUGAGAAGGAGAUUAAAGGAACUUUGGAAGCCGCAUUGGACAAAGACAAGAUAAACACUGAGCAUGUAGUGGAUAUUGUGUACCAGCAGCAAGCUGUAUUUCGAGUGCGUGCUGUCACACGGUGUACGAGUUCUUUGCCGGGUCAUGCAGAAGCUGUGAUAUCAGCGAGCUUCAGUCCUGAUGGCCGCCAUCUAGCAAGUGGUUCUGGUGACACCACAGUGCGGUUCUGGGACAUAUUCACUCAGACACCGGUUUAUACGUGCCAUGGUCACAAGCACUGGGUUCUGUGCCUUGCAUGGUCACCAGAUAGCAGGCAUGUGGCUUCAGGCUGUAAGAGUGGCCACAUUAUUUUGUGGGACCCAGACAGUGGGCAGCAAGUUGGACGGACCAUGUCAGGGCACAAGAAGUGGAUCACAGCUCUCAGCUGGGAGCCAUACCACAACAACCCAGAAUGUCGCCGAAUGGCAAGUGGCUCUAAAGACGGUGACAUCAGAAUAUGGGACGUAGUUCUUGGGCAGACUGUGUUGACACUGACAGGUCAUUCUACAACUGUGACCUGUGUCAAGUGGGGUGGAGCUGGUCUUCUGUACACGGGUUCACAGGACUGCACUGUGAAAGUGUGGAGAGCAGAAGAUGGUGUGCUAUGUCGAAGUCUGGAAGGACAUGGCCACUGGGUCAAUACUCUGGCCCUGAGCACAGACUAUGUCCUGCGAACAGGACCAUCUGAUCCUGUUGCAGGACUACAUGUUGAUCACAGUAAGAAGAAGGAGCUGCAGCUGCAGGCGUUGAAGCGGUAUGACAUGGUUUGUGCUAGAGGAGAGGAGCGGCUCGUGUCUGGCUCUGAUGACUUCACUCUGUUCCUCUGGCAACCGGAAAAAGACAGGAAGCCUGUAGCACGAAUGACAGGACACCAACAACUGGUUAAUGAUGUAAAGUUCUCGGUUGACACUCGGUUGGUUGCUUCAGCCUCCUUUGACAAGUCUAUAAAAUUAUGGGAUGGCCGCACAGGAAAGUUUAUCACAUCUCUGAGGGGUCACGUGCAAGCGGUGUAUCAGAUCGCUUGGUCCCCUGACUCCAGGCUUCUGGUGAGUGGAAGUGCUGACUCUACAGUGAAAGUGUGGAACGUGAAGACAUGCAAAUUGGAAGUCGAUCUGCCUGGCCAUGCAGAUGAGGUGUUCGCUGUUGACUGGUCACCCGAUGGGUUGAGAGUUGUCAGUGCAGGCAAGGACAAGCUAUUGAAACUGUGGCAACAUUAAUUGGAAGAAAUGUUAGAUUCAGGCAGGCCCUGAUUCAUGUUUCAGUCAGAUGUUUGUACCCAUAGAAAGUAGUUUUGUGUUUUUUGUAAUAAACGCUCAGUGGUUAAACAGUUGA